UAAUUAUUUCGUCCUGUAGGUGUGAUUGGCGCCUUCUCGCUUUGCGUGCCAAUGAGUUUUACUUUCGUUCGAGCUCGAACUACAGACUGCACGUCAUCACGCAGUGUCACGUGGGCUCAAUGAGCCUAUGGCAAAUUAGAAUAAGGUGCCGGAGGAACUUUAUGCUGGGGUAUAUAAGCAGAUGUUGGCUGACGCUCCGUAGGAAAGGCUUACUGCAGUAAAAAAGGAGAAAACAGCGUGACAAGAAGACACGAACCAUAUCCCCCCACAAUGAUAGUGUUACGGAACGUACUGUUCUGGUUAUUUGUGGCAACAACGUGCACAAGCCAAAAUGCCCCACCUUGUGGCCUCAAGAGGUUUAAGACACCCGGAUCGGAGGCAGCAGCUGAAUGGCCGUGGAUGGGCACUAUCUUAGACUACACCGCAGGUCGGACACCCGAAUUUCUCUGUUCAGCCACCCUGAUCAGCGAGAAGCACGUUUUGACUGCGGCGCAUUGCUUCGACCCUAAACCCCUGAAUCCUCGUCUAUUCACGAUACAGCUGGAAUCUGAAUCGUCCAAAGGAGGCACUGAAUAUAACAUACAGGUUAUUGAGAUACACCCGGAAUAUGUGCCUGGAAGCAGUUACUACGACCUGGCCCUUCUCACCCUCCGGUCCGAUGUUGCCAACGUGACGACUCCAAUCUGCUUGCCUGACCAGUCAGACACAUAUGACUACAGGCUGUCAUUCGUUCUGGAAUGGCUACCUGGUGGCGAAGGAUUAUAUCAAGCGAGAUCCCAGCGUGGGCUCAUAGCCGCGAAUGAAGUGUGUCAGUCCCUCUACGCGAGCGCGCAGCUUGACCCGCUGGACAGGGGCUUGGAUGCUAGUCAAGUGUGUACCGACCUGCGUGGAGCACAAGGCGACUGCAAUAGGCUAACUGGAUCCUCGAUGAUCGUGCCGGACAGAAGCUACCGGUGGGCUGUCGUAGGCAUUGCGGCGUUCAGAGAGAGUUGCAACGCUGAAGGAUUCCCAGGAAUUUACACACGCGUAUCGUCAUAUCUGCCAUGGAUCAAAGAAAUCAUGAGCAGCUGAGCUGCUUUCUCAUUGUCUUGAUCGAGUCAUAACUUUAUUUUUUGAGCACGAUGCAUUAAAGUUUGUACGCACAGAUA